UUAAAGGAACCACCCCGACAUUUGCCUGAAGCGAUUUAGAGAAAUCACGGAAAACCUAAAUCAGUGUGGGCAGACGCAGCUGCAAAAUAAGGAAGUAGUUCUUGGCGUAAUAUUCAUUUCAAAACUAGACUCUAUAGGUCAAAGUAGGUAUCCUAAUAUUUUGCUACGUGGUGACUUUAAAACGUAGAUUUUUUUUAGUCGUAUGCUGCACUAUUCUUGUGUAGCAUUUCCAGUCAGGUUUACUUCUACAGAGCACAGCAAAACGUUACUAAAGGUACUAUUUUGCUGCGACUGUCCGUCGUAGCGGCGGGCAGUAACCGCCAGCCGUAACUGCCGACCUUCACUGGCUGUGUAUUUCGUUGAGACUGCUGACCGCAGCGGCCACGCCACUCAGUGAGUUACCUCUGUGAAAGGAACACGCACGCGAGUUCGCAACGUGGAUGCUAAUACCGUUCUAGGUUUUUGGCGGACGAGGGAGAAGAAGAGGAAAUUAUUGCAAUGCUUACAAGAUCUUCUCCCCACAGCAUUUUCCAAACACGGAAGAGUGAAGGAAUUUAUGCUAACUUAAAACACCGGUCACUUACGAAACGAUGAAGAGAGGUUCAGAAAUUUCUUUAGACUCAGUUCGAUUUUGUUUUAAGUCUGGUGAAAGAAGAUAUAGCAGGAACAGCUACCAGUGCAGUGCAAACUCCAAUAGAAGCCGACGAAAAAAUGGCAGUGACUUUACAGUUUCUAGCUACAGGGGAGUGUUUCGUGUCCCUUGGAUAUGGUUUCCGGAUGUCACCAAGCUACGUGAGCAUCAUAGUUCGUGAAACAGUAGAAGCUAUGUGCCAACACUUGGCACCUAUCUUCCUGCCUCCUCCAUCUCGAGAAUCUUUCAGGGAAGGCGCUAAAGAAUUCUACACUCUUUGGGGGUUCCCUAACUGCUCUGCUUCGAUUGAUGGGAAACAUAUAAGGAUACGGUGUCCUGUAAAAAGUGGUUCCCUUUUCUGGAAUUACAAAGGGUACUUCUCCAUAGUACUUUUGGCAUUGGUUGAUGCGAACUGUAAAUUCAUUACGAUAGACGUAGGUUCAUAUGGGAAGGAAGGAGACAGUGGCAUAUUUAAUAAGUCAGCAAUGGGGAAAAUGAUCAUGAAGGGAGACGUGUUUCCAGCAGAUGAAAAGCUUCCAUUAACUGACAUCAAGAUGCCAUUUGUUAUAGUAAGCGACGAGGCAUUCCGCUUGUGAAAGCAUAUUCUCAAGACUUACACUCGCUCGUCUGCCCAGCAAAAGCGACCUGCAACUAUAAACUGUCACGAGCAUGCCGAGUUUCUGAAAACGCUUUAGGACUUUUGUGUCAGGUAUUUCGAGUGUUCUACACAAAUCUGAAUCUGCAACCUAAAACAUGUGAUAAACUCGUUACAGCUUGUUGCUGUCUACACCAUCUCCUCAGGGAUGCCUAUUUAGAAAAAAGAGAACGAGAUUUUUAUGAACUUGACCAUGACGUGAGUUUACCACAGAACAUUAUUCCCCUGCCCCGAACAGGGGGAUUCUACUUCUGUGAACCUACAAAUCAAUGAUUACAACCUGGAAAAGAACUAUGGCUCAAAUAAAGGAAAUAAAUUAUUAUUACUAUUCGUAACGACUAUUCUUGUAAUCGUUUGGUGACAGAAAGAAUGGAAGCAUUGUUGUAGCCUCCAUAUUGUACAAUUUGUCAC